UAUUGUGAAACGAUUGGUGCUGUUUUUUUUCCCCCCCGGUGCUUUUAUCAGUCGAGGGUCGUCCAUAAACUGACUUACAUGCAACUUUCUGGACUAUUUAAUCUAAUUUUGGCCUGUUUUUGAGGUUUAUGGGCAAAAAAAUCCAUCAACCUUGAGAUCGUAAUAAGCCGGAAUCGGUGAUUUUGGGUUCCCGAGAGAUGGAGGACGUGAAGAAAAGCGGUUAUUUGCGGAAGCAGAAGUCCAUGAGGAGGAGGUUCUUCGUUCUCCGCGGCGGCGGAUCGCGAGCUCCUGCGCGGCUCGAGUACUAUGAGAAUGAAAAGAAGUUCAGGCUGGUGGAAGGAUCUGGGGGUCCCCGCGGGACCCUCAACUUGGAGGAGACAAUCGGGGUGAAUAAAAGGGCGGACGCCAAGAGGAAACAUCUACUGGUUCUCUACACGCGCGAUGGUGGCCUCACCGUGUCGGCCGAGGGCGAAGAAGAACAGGAGGAGUGGUACGGCGCCAUCAUGGAGCUCCUGGCGCAGGCUCGAUGCCUCUCUUCCUCCCCGGAGUCCACGGUGUGGCCGGGUCCGGCGUUCAGGGAGGUCUGGCAGGUGAGUGUGCGCCCCAGGGGCCUGGGACAGAGCCGGAACCUCUCUGGCAUUUACCGCCUCUGCCUGACUGAACGCACCCUGAGCCUGGUCCGCCUGCGCGCCGACGCGCCCUCCGUCACCCUCCAGCUGAUGAACGUGCGGCGCUGCGGCCAUUCCGACAACUUCUUUUUUGUGGAGGUGGGACGCUCCGCCGUCACCGGCCCCGGGGAGCUCUGGAUGCAGGUGGAGGACUCUGUUGUCGCCCAGAACAUGCAUGAAACCAUAUUGGAGGCUAUGAAGUCCCUAAGUGAAGAAUUUCGUCCACGGACCAAGAGUCAGUCUCUCUCCUCCACACCUAUCACUGUGCCAUCACGACGCCACCUUCCUAACCCUCCCCCACCCAGCCAGGUGGGUUUUUCCCGGCGUUCCAGAGCGGAAGCCAAUCCCGAGAGUUCUCUAACCACCAAAUCCCACUCAUCGCCUAGGGAUCACAGCCCGCCGUCCCCAGAGGAAGAAGAAGAGAAACGUUCACGGAUGGAAUCGGCCCAACCGCUGGUUGACAAUGCCUCGGCCUCUUCCGAUGAGUACGGUUCCAGCCCCAGCAUGCUCGAGACCCCAGCCUUCCUCCCACCAUCUCCUGUGUCAGGAGGAACCAACUACAUUUCAAUGGCACAAGACGGGAGGAAGUCUUUAGUGGUGGACACGAGCACUUCCAACAUCGGAACGGCAGAAGAGGAAGGAAACCGGGUCGCGCAUUUUGACGAUGAGGAUAACUAUGCCAUGAUGGGCAGAAGCGAUCGUCGUGAAGCUGGUUACAUGCCCAUGUUACCUGGCACGAGGUGUCAAGAUUACAUGCCUAUGACACCCAACAGCAUUUCCCCACCCGCUCCUUUGGAACUGGCAGGAUAUGUGAUGAUGUCUCCACUUGGCAGCUGUUCUCCUGAGACGGAGAGGACCAGCUGGCCACCCUCUGGAGAAAUUUCUGUUGGCAGCGCAGACAGCCACUCCUCGGACUACAUGAACAUGUGGCCGUUGAGUCGUUCGGCCUCCAGCACGCCACCUCCGCAGGAGUCCGCUCCGUCGUCUUUUGGAAAGCCAUCAAGAAUCCCUGCCUCCUAUCGUUCGUUGCCUCGUUCCUACAAGAUGGACCCAUCGCACCUUGCCCACACCUCAGGAUCCUCAUCUUCAGACAGUCUGGAAGAGGCGAGUGCCGGGAGGAAUCGCAGGCCUCUCAGUGUUUCUGUGGAUUCUUGGAGGACCACCACCAUGAUGGGGAACUAUUGUCGACCUCCCAGCCCCGGAGAGUAUGUUAGCAUCCACUUCAGAACCCAUCAAGAGAGGACAACCUCUAAAGACAUAGACAUUCCUCCGCAAGAAUAUAUUGCCAUGGAGAUGCAGCACCCCCAAGCAUCCAACGGAGACUACACCGAAAUGGUUUUAGGACUUAAUAACGUCCAGCCUCAAACAAAACCAACCUGUGGACCUACCACGGAGAAGGCCUUAAGGCCUAUUACAGAAAACUUGUUUGUCUCGAUGCCAGCCACAGAAACAAAAAUGAGACCUGCCAUGGAAAAGUCUGUAAAGCCCUCGACAAAUAAAGACUUUUGGCCGGCGAUGACCACAGAUAAGACCUUUCGGCAGAAGAUACCCAAGGAAAUGCUGUAUCCUAACGCAAAAUUGGCACCCGAGGUCUCCCCAGACGGUGCUUUUGGGCUUCUAGAAAAAGCCUUGGCCGCACGACCAGCCAUUGAGGAUGGGGAGAUGAGGCCUCUGGUGACAGCCGUCGCAGGAUGCGGUCUCCUCAAGGGGAUGGAUCGUGUAAAAGCAGUGAGGAGCGACCCUCCUGCCCGGGCAAGACACUGCUCUGAUACCCUCGCUUCUGCCUCCUCCUGUAAUGGAAAUCGCCUGCCAGCUGAGUCUGGUCUCAAUUAUAUUGACCUUGAUCUGGCCAAAGAUGGAGGGACGAUCCCUACGGCUGCACUUGUAGGCACCACGAUGACACAGGCAACAAAAAGCUGUCCACUGGGGGCCACUCCCUGCAGCAACAUGUACGCCAGCAUUGAUUUCCAGAUGUCAGGGGAACUGAGGAGGAACAGCAAAGACGGGACAGAGUGCUAGAUCCCCGUCACGGCUGGAGACCAUGCGCGGGAGCCCCCCCGGAGGGGACACGGGGCAGGCGUGGAACCACGUGGAAGAUUCUGUGUAUUUGCACUCAAAAAUCCUACACGAAUUUUUACGACGCGUCUGUCUUUCGUUUAAAUUUUUUUUUUUUAAAGUGCCUUUUUUCCCAUAAAAUGGGAAUCCGUCACCGAUUUCCGGGUUUUGCCGACGCCGGGCCGCAAAGCCUUACUGUGGAGUAUCCACGGAUACGGCGUAAAGAAAAAUGUGCAAUUUUUAUGUAAGGAGUUUCAGGAAGUUGUGUUUUUUUUUGUGCUCGGUGGUAAAGCCAUAUUUAACCAAAUCACCCUUAAUUUAUGGGGGUCCGCGGUUUCCGUCCCACCGCGCGCUCCGCGUUCCAGACUGUGCAUUCUGGUAUACAAGGGGUUAAAAGCAGAGCGUUUGUGAUGGACAGGGCCUAAAUACCCCCCCCUUGGGGGUCCAAGACGGGGUACACGGAAGCUGCUUCAAAAUCCGGUACAAAAUGGCCGCCCUCUUAAAGCGGUACAAACAAAAAAUAAAUAAUAAAAAAAUGUACGCUAUUAGAACGUCACAAAGUGACUAAAACGG